AACUUAUUAAUUACUGCUAAAUCUAUGUAGUAGAUCAAAAUAGUCGUGGGUUAUUUCCGGGUAACCUGUUCUUUUUUUUUUUUGGUUAACAAAAUUUUUCAAAAUUCUCAAGUAUCUGAGUACUAGAUAUACUUAACCCAUUUAGUAUAGAACCAUAACCAUGUUCAAAUUCUCAUCACAUGUUGUAAGGAGGACACAGAUAAGGACAAUAUCCACCAGUCGUGCCAGUUUCUUUUUUGAAAAUGUCUUUGGUACUCGUAAGAAUGAAGAAAUUGUUGCUAAACAAGAUGAACUCGCCAAGAUUGAACCAGAUGCAAAGAUAGAAAUCUUAAAUGAACAGAAUAGUCCUGAUUAUGUUCCAUUUAUUCCUGCUAGUAAUAUGCCUAAUUUCAAAAUUGAACAAUGGAAAUCAAAGAUUGUUAGUCCUAAAGAUAUAGAAGCUACAUAUUCAAAAUCUGAUAUAAUAACUAUAAUUAAUGAUACUUUUAAACAAGUUCAAAAUAAAGAUAUUAAUCAAGAACAAUAUAAAGAAAUAAACUUACAUGAUUUAUCAUUCAGAUUCCAAUUCUUUAAACAAUUACAACUGAAUUUAGGUUUUGAUAUUAAUGACUUUAUCAUUACUCAAUCACAUGAUUUAAAACAAGUUGAAGAUAAUUUAACCCAAAUAAUUAAUAAAAGAUGGACUUAUGAAAGAAAUCCAAAUGCUAUUGUAUUAAGAGAAGAAGAUUUUAAAUCUCAAAAUAUCUAUUUGAAUCAAGAAUUAGAUGACUACCAUCAACAAAUCAAAUUUGAUGAACUUGUAAAAAAAGCAAAUGAAUCUCAAGAAGUUCAAGCUUAAUCAUUCCUACCAACUUGUAAAUAUAAAUAUACAAUAAACAAUUCACCGAAAUAAAGAAAUACCAUCCGUAAUGGAUGUUGUAAAUAUAGAAGUAAAAAGAACCU